AUGAUACCAAUCAAAAAUGGUGAAAAAAAUUUGUUGUCGGGAUUGACUAUGACUCCGGCAUCGACGCCUUCAACCACAACAUCGUUUCUAAUUAAACACGAUAAACUGGCCGAUGUUUUUUCAGAGUCAAAGUUAGUUGCACCACCUUCAGAUUCGUCGUCUGACGAUGAGGAUUUGUCAUAUACAGACUCAGAGUAUACCUCCUAUUCCGAAUACUCUGAGAGUGACACUUACACGGAUACCUAUACAGUCGAUGAUUCCUCAGAGUAUGAUUCAGAUGACUACAGUACCGAUGAAGAAGCGGAGGAAGUAGAGGUAGUAGUUCAAGUGGAAAAAGUUGGAAUUCAACAAAUAAUAGAUGAUAAAGAACAGCAACAACUUGAACAAUCAUCAGAAAAACAAUUUAUAGAUGAUGUAGAACAAAAAAUAAUAACUGUAAAUAAUAAUAAUAAUAAUAAAAUAAAUCAUAGUGAUCAAUGUGAAAUCAAUCAAAUGGAACAACAAAGUGAAACAACAACAACUGGAGUGGAUCCCGCUUUUGAUAUAGCUGCAUCUCUCCACAAUUUGGUACAGAAUCAUUUUCACUUGCUGUCGUCUGGAUUCAAAUACGGAUUGUAUAGUGGCGAUAUUUUCAUGGAACACUUGGAGAUAUUGUUUUUCUCGAGUGAUAUGGCAAAGAAGUACUAUGAUAUGGUCAAUGCUAUGCCAGUUGAAGAUAUACCGACACCUGCCGCAUCACAAACCAGGUUGUAUAUUCUGAAAAAGACAAUUGAUAUUGUCGAUAAAGUAAAUAUUUAUAGAUCAUUCAUGUUGGAACAACAAGAAAAUGAAGAAGAAGAAGAAGAAGCUGUAGUUGAAGAAGCUGUAGUCAAAGAAGAAGAAAAACAAGCAGAGACAGAAGGAGAGGUAGCUGUGGAGGUAGAGAUAGAACAAUCUGUAAUUGUAUUAGAAUCAACGGUGGAACUACCACCAUCACCAUUAGUAGAUGUUAUAGUAGAAUCAAAAGUAGAAGCCAUUGAGGAAGCAUCAAGAGUAGUAGAAGUUACACAUUUUUCAAUAGUAGAGAAUCCCGAAAUUUCUGUUGAUGAUCCUUUAAAUAUUCAGGAUCUAAAAGAUAAUCUACAGAGUCUGUUGGAAUCACCUGACUGCAGUUUUUCAGAUCUUGGACAGUUUGCAUUUGAUGUUUCAGAGUUGAACAAUCUAAAUGAAAAGUUGGAAUCGAUUGGCAUCGUUGGUGUUGAUGACCUCACAGUUCCCAAUGUUGACAGCGUCCUCUCGCAGGUCAGUGAGAGUGAGACGGAUUGCACCAGUAACUAUAGUGAAACUGAUUGUACCAGUAACUAUAGCGAAACUGAAGAUUAUUCCAGUAGUGAUAGUAGUAGUGAAUACAGUGAUUCCGAAAGCGAUUGA